GUCCCUAUGCAGCGAGUGUAUGGGUGGAGUAUAGUUUAAAAUACAGUUUUUAAAUGUAUCGACGGAGCGUCCGGCGCGUCCUCCGCCGGCUCUGACAGCAGGGCUGCAGGGAGGGAAAAUGACAGCGGGAAAGUUUGUCCUGAAGCCGGCGGGCUGCGCUCGCGCUGCCUCGGACCCUCGGCUCUAAAAUGGCUGGCUGUAGGUCCGAGGAAGCUCCGGAGCAAAGGGACGGAUCCGCUCCGCGCCGCGACCGUCCGUAGGUACACACGGUUCUCUGCUCCGUGCGCGUUCAGCGGCGGCGUUGUCCCAGGUCCGAGGCUGUCACGGCGCACACGCACCGUAAUAAUAUUGGCGUUUUCGGACCGGGGACUGUGCGUAAUGGCGUCCUCCGCGGACAGAGCUGCUGGUCCCUUCUCUCAAACAUUAUCCACAGCAGAAAUAUAAAUGGGUAUGCCCCAAAAUGGAUUCUCAGUUGGCUUCAGUCCUGACCAGUGGCAGCCUGGAUGUCCAAAAUGGCAGCCAGUGCACAGAGGGAUCAGGGCCAGUGACAGAGGGCUUUUUGGAGGCAAAGGAAAAAGCCUCACCCAGUACUGUGCCAGGUAACCUCCAGCCCUGCCCUGUCAAAGCAGCAGUGACCAUCAGGCAAGAUGCUCUAUCAAUCAAUGGGAAAAAGCCAGAGGUGGGUGGGACUUCUAAGCCAGCCUCUCAGGAAACAAGCAAGAUUGGUGGGUUGAGACAGCCAAUUACAGUCAAGACUGGAGUGCCUGUGUCGCGCAGCCGGCCAAUCAGACUCAAAAUUGUCGUCCCCCCACGGUGCAAGAGGCCAAUCACAAACUCUGCCAUCAGCCUGACCAAAGACUUUGCUCGCUCACAUGUCAGAAGACCUGUUUCGGUCUCUUCUGAAGCAGUGUGCUCGGACAGAAACCGAAGUAAAACCCAAAUAUCUGCCGUGAAAAGUGAAGGAGAUAUCAAAGAGGUGGCUCAUGAGAAGACUAAGGACAGUAAACAAGAAUCAUUCCUAGGGGCAGAGGAAAAGAUGUGCAGAAAGAGAGAUGAUUCGGGUGCCAAGAUCCACACUGAUCCCUCAGAAACACAUACAGUUAAGAUCCUGAGCAAGCAAGCCAUUAAAGAGGAAACAACAGAGAGAGACAUUGAGGACAGCCUCCCCCUGAUUUUGAAAGGAACGGAUUUGAAGUUUUGUAAAAGGGUUGAUGAAGAACAGACAGAGCCACUGGACCUGAGUUUGCCCAAGAAAAGAGAGAGUCGAGAGAGGAGGUGUGGACGCUUUCUGGACGAUUCUGGCUGCGAGAGCUCGCUGAUCAUGGAGGUAGAUGAAUACGAGGGCGAGGGGGACCGAGACAUAGUCGAAGAGGACGACGAGGGUGGCAGCACAGAUGCGCUCGAAGACUCUCUCCUUUCUCCCUCUUUCUUUUCUUCCUCUGUCUUCAACUCCCUCUCCUCGCUAGACGGCGACACUGAAAACCUUCUUCUCAUCGACGACCAGGGGAUCCCAUACACCCUCAGUCCAGACGGACUCAAAGUGCCGCAAGUCGACGCCGCCACAUCAGAGGAUCCUCAGUCGGAUCAGGCUAAUUCAGCAGCGGAGGUAGAGGGGAGGGGGUCACCACAAGACCCUAGCCUCAGCCAAAGUUUAGAUAAUGCACUAAAAGCACCUUCAGAUGACGUUUCUCCCUCACCCGCCCCUGCGACUGACUCUCCAUCACUAGUUGUUGAUCAGACAAAGACUCCAGAGGUCAACACGAGUUUGACUCUUAACUCUGAUCCCUCUAAGGCUGCAGAGCCGGGCGUUAAAUCUGCUCAGGCUAAUGCCGCUCUGUCCCCUUCCUCCGGGAUAUCAGUCCCCUCGCAGCCCAUUCAGAUCCUCACUAACCCCUCGACCAACGCUCCCAUUCUCCUUCUGUCAUCCUCCGUUUCCUCCCCCCAGCUCUCCUCAGCUCCGAUGGGUCUCACACUCCCCCUUUCCGUUGCCUCACCUGGUGCUUCCACCCCCAUGUUCCUCCUGCUCUCAUCUGUCCCCUCCUCCUCGGGUGAUACUGCCUCUACCUCCACCCCUAUCGCCGUCCUCGACCCCUCCACCGGUCAGUUGUCCCAGAUCACAGCAGCCUCGGCCCCGGUCUCCCUCCCUUUGCCCUCCGGUCAGGUCGGCACGCUAGGAUCGCCUCUCUCCCACCCAGUCAUCAGACUGAGCCCCAACAACCCCCCUGUCAUCCUGUCAGGGGCGAACAAUGUAAACUCUGUUCUCUCCGUGUGCCAGAACGACAACAGCAGCACGACUCCCCUCCUCCACCCCCAAAUCAGCUCUUCCGAUUCAAACUCUGGAAGCGAAGCCAUAUCUGCUGAAGAAGUCUCAAACGAAAACAACAAGCCAUCAACUUUUACAGCGUCCUCUCCGCACCCGCAGUCCGCGAGCUCAAUCUACGACCCCUCAGCUCAGCCCAGCUCAGAGGCCCAAUCACCAGCCUCCGAGCCCCAGUUCGACCCGUCUGACCUGCACUCACAACAUUUACCUCUGGACGACCACCUUUACUUCUCCAACGCCGCUGCUCCUCCCUCCCCACCCAUUGGACCCGCCCUCUCCUCCAGUAAACUGGAGCCCCUCGACCCGCUCGAUCCCCUCUCCCCGGAAGAGUCGCCCAGCACCAUGGGCCCCCGCAGGGUGCUAUACUGCCAGCUGUGCCCGCGGGUCUUCUUUUACCUCUCUGACCUGGAGCGGCAUGCCAUCACCCACUCGCAGAAGAAGCCUCACGUUUGCCAGCAGUGCGGCAAAGCCUUCAAGCGCUCCAGCCAUCUGCAGAGACACAAGCACAUCCACACAGGCCAGAGGAACUUUGUGUGCCCCAUCUGCGCCAAACGCUUCAGGGAGGCCGGUGAGCUCCAACGCCACCAAAGGGUCCAUACCGGAGAGAAACCCUACCAGUGCCAACUUUGCCACACUCGCUUCGCCGAGCGCAACACGCUCCGCCGACACACCAAACGCAAACACCCUUACCACCAAGUAGCCAUGGAAAUGCUGAACGAGAAAAGGGGAGGAGGUGGUCGAGGAGACGGAGGGGGCAGCGGGGGUGGCGGGUCGGGGGUGCAGGAGGAAGAGGAGAGCGCUGAGUGGUACAGCUCUACUGUGUCUAAUCUGGAUAACUCGGACUCUGAGGUGGAAACUUAAUGAGUCGCCUGCACAUAGUGACGGGAAGGAGGAGAUGAGCGGGGCGACCAUAUGUAACUCUGGUUGGACCCCAAACUGCCCGCGUCUAUUAACAUUCAAAGAAAGGGAGCACUUGCAAUAUUUAUUACGAAUAAUUUAUUUAUAAGAAUGUAUAGUAUUCCCAUUCCAUUUUAGUGGUCCAAAAAUUACAGCCUUCGAAUAAGUCAUACAUGAUCUCGAACUUUCCUGUGAGAGAAAAGCUGAAGGGGGCGCGGGGAGCUCAUGUUUGAAAUCAUGAGUUCAAUAUGAGAAUUUAAUGCGCCGACACAAAGUUGCAUUCCCAUCAAAUUCACGAUAAAAACCCUCAAGUGCUCAGAAAAAGAAGGAUAAAUUAUUAACUCUAAAACAUUCUCUGCUCUGGCUGUGUAAAUAUGAAGAGAACUUAUUUGUAAGAGCUGCACUUCUGCACUAUAUUACGUGAAAGAUGUGAUCUAUCUUUCGUACCGUGAGAGACACUGUGAGUCAUUUGCACUUGUUAUAUUUGAACUCGAUGUUCAC